GUUUAACAGAAAGAGUUAAUCGAAAAUCCUUAAGAUGCAAGAUAUAGAUGGUCUGUGUGGUUGCGAUAAUCGUCCACUAAUCGUGGAACGGCUUCUCGAUAAACCUGCCUGGGGGCGCAGGCCUCGGGUAAGCCGCCUCUUUGGGAGUUCUGAAUACGUGCCGGUAUCCUCUCUCGUCCACAUAGCGACCUGUAUGAACGUUGUAUAGUGGAUCUCGGAAGUACAGACUCUUUCUCCCUUAAGCUCAAGAAGAGCCCAAGCCUAUAUCCCUCCGAACUAGCUGCUUCAUUCUCGAAUUCCUAUCGACUUGGUCAUCGUGUUGGAAGGGAAGUUUGUCAGCAGGAUGUCAAGUCAACAUACAAUAAUAACGACAAGGAAAUUUUGACUGGAAAUCGACAGGGAAACAAACUCGGAUCCUAGAAAAUAUGGUCAGCGAUAGUAGAGGACCAGAACUGGCAGCUGUUGUCAUCUCCUUAGUGGUAUUCGCGACAAUUACGGUCGCUUUACGAUGCUAUACUAUGGGAGUUUUGCUUAGAAGAUUCUUUAUUGAGGAUUGGCUAGCGGUUGUCACACUGGUACGUCUCAGUCACGAUAAGUCGGUCCAUCACUCCAAGCUAACUCGCAUAGUUUUUUUACAUUGCAUACUCGACGUUUGCCUUACUUUCGAUACAUUACGGAUUAGGCUCGCGUACCUACCUGGUACCGAAAGAAACACACGAUAAUGCGCUUCUGUUCAAGUACCUUGCUCAGGUAGCAUACGUUCUUAUAGCUGUUUUAGUCAAAUUCAUCGUAGGGUUGUUCAUAUUGCGUAUCUGCUUUCAACAACGCAAACAGAGGAUCGCUAUAUGGACUAUGCUCGGGAUUGUAGCGGUUUAUAAUGUCGUUUACAUUUUCCUGGUAAUAUUUCAGUGCCGUCCUAUUCAUUUUUACUGGUUGCGAUACGACCUCGACGCUGGAGUUAAAGGACGAUGCCACAGGUAGACUAAAUUGUUUCUAUUCAUCAAGCACUCAACUGACAUGUCCUAGAAAAUUGCUUGCGACCAUUCCAACUUACAUCAGUUUUGUUAUGAACGUGAUCGUUGACUGGACUUUGGCUUUCCUACCAGUCUCAUUCGUCUGGAAUUCAAAGAUGCAUAGAAAGACCAAGAUGUCUGUGAUUGGGGUUCUAGCAAUCGGAUCAAUGUUCGUUUAUCCCGUGCCUUCAGUGACCCAAAAGCAUUCUCUCCAAGAUAAUAACCUUAAAAUACAGUGCUUCAUUAGCAACAUGCGCACGAAUUCCCUAUGCAAAACAGUUAAUUUCCAACCCCGAUUACCUGUACAACUUUACCGACCUCGCAAUCUGGAGUACUGUAGAAAUUGGCCUCGGUCUCUCGGCAUCCUCCCUUGCGACCCUCAAGCCCUUAUUCCGAAAGUUCAAACUCCUUCCCGCCAAACUCACAUCUCGAAACACCUCUCGACCACCGGCGGGAUAUGGUGGUAUGGGGAGCGACGCAGACGGAACACCAUUUGCUUCGAAAAACCAUUCACGAACAAUAUCAUUUGGUCGGUCAAGGGGUCGGUCAAGAUCUCGCUCGAAGACACGUUCAAAUUCGAAGGGGAGGAUGGAGCCUCUGCAACCAAGGGCCUUUGCAGAGUUGAAGAAUGAAACAUGGGAUUCAUACGAGACGCAAAUUGGCCUGCAAACGUUGGUGGAAGCAGGUCCGCCUGGAGACAUAAUCAACCCUAUGGGUAUAACAACAACGACGACUACCGUUCGUUCAAGCUCUCAACAGAGGAAGAUGAGCAUUUCGAUAGCGGUGCCUGAGCCCACCCUGCAUAGUGGGAAUUGGAGUGGCAAUCGGUCGAAAAUACGUAACGAUGAUUGGGUUUGA